AUGGCGGGGUCUCUAACUUUGAAAACGCAGAAGAGUCGGUUAACGAGGCAUUGCAACAAUCUUAGUGACUUGUGUAUGCGAUGCGAGGAAGACAUUUCCUUCCAAAAUCUUUCGUUAAGCUCAGAUAGUGAUGUGUUUGAACGCAUGGCAUCUUUAACCCACGAAUUGAAGGCCUCAGCAAAACUACUCAGUGAGCAUCUCAGCGCAUUCAUUAGCACAGUUGAAGGGCUUAAUGAACCGCUUAACGAAGAACAAGAAGGACAAGUUUUGGAUUAUAUGGAGAAAACGCAAUCAGCAAUAGACCGCGCGGAGAACCUAGUUAUUCGAAUGGAAGCAAAACGCCUCAGCGUACUCGAUUCUAAGCGGGAGAGCGAAAUGCGCAACGAGCGAACGCAGGUCCUUAAUCUUGUAAGAGUGUUACACAAACGCCUCGAGAAUGCAAACACGGACAAAAGUUCCAUACAGGCACAAAGGAAACUAUUAGAGUUUAUUAUCCCCGUAGUAACGCAACUCCAAAAACUAGGAGCCAAUUUAGAUGGGUCAUACAACACUCAAAAAGUAUUAUCAAAGUUCGCAUACAGAAUACAACGGAAAGUUCUUGAGGUCUUGAUGACGCAUGACAUGCCUGAGGAAGCAUGGAAAAUGCAAGACAUGAUUGAGGCACUAGACGCACAUAUAGGAACGGAAGAACGUAUCAAUAGUAUGGUAAAAAUUGAUAUGGGCAAGGAAUCAGAACGCGGUGAAGGGUCAAAAAGGAGACCAACAAAACCGCAUAACCAUUCAAAUUGCAUUUUUUGCGACUCUACAGAGCACAGAGCCGCAGGCUGUUCACGUUACAGCACCAUUGCAGAAAGGAGGAACUUUCUGCAGGAAAAUAAGAUGUGCCUCAAUUGUGGACGCAAAGGUCACUUUGCAUCUCAGUGUAGCAAAGAAGGAUGCAGACUUUGCCAAGGGACAAAACACUUCUACGCAUUAUGCCCUCAGAGACAAAGCAUUGAUAAUCCGAUCAAGUCCGAAAUGAAACCAACCAUAGUGCAACCUACACAACCAUCAAGCAAAAAACCAUCUGUCAGGGCACAGUUGAAUACAAAUACCAAAAACAAACGAAACACAGAAACUUCAAAAAUCACACAAGCACAUCCAAUCCGACUCUGUGCAGCAGAAGAAAAUAUCCAAGAAGAAGAAGGACAAGAAAUCAAAGGCAACAGUUACCAUUCAUUCAUGCCCCACAGUACAAUGCAGAAAGAAAACAUUGUACUCUUAACCGGAAUAGCACACUUAUGGAAUGCAAAGAGCCAGAAAUGGCAACCAGUUGAAAUCCUCUUCGAUACAGGCGCUGAUCAGUCUUUCAUAAGCCAGGACCUUACAGAAGAACUAGGGCUACAGUGCAAAGAAAUGCAAGAGUUGAAUAUGUAUACUUUCGGGGACAAAAAGCCGAAGGCCAUUAGUUGUGGAGUGACAACAGUAGGGCUACUGGACAGCAAUGGAGAAAAACAUAACAUACGUCUGUACGCAACACCAGUCCUAACGGCAAAGGGAAAAAUGACACAGCUAAGUCAAGAAGACAAAAACUUUAUGAUGCACAACAACAUUUGCCUUUCCACUAUCAUCUUCUGCAGUCCAAAUUUCACUUCCUUUGACUUGUGGAGAUUUCUAAGUAUUUUCGCAGAGAUAGAGAUCGAAAGUAACAUCCCUGAGUGUUCCGUGGUCUGGGACCGAACGCAGAACUCGACAGGAGAUGUGGAGGAGAGAUCACGUUCGGGACUAGGUCUCGUUACUGGAGUCGUCGCGGAUCCUGAGGACAGUGGCACGCAUCCUGUUUAA